GAGAAGAGAAGACAAGAGAGGCUUGUCAGUAAGAGGAAAUGAGCCAGUAGCUGUAGAACACUGCUCACUGAGCUCCUGGCUGGUUAAUAAACGGUCAGUGUGUCAUCUGUUGUUCAUCUGCUACCUGUUCACGAGCGUGGAAGUAGCAGAAACUACUGGUAUCUGUCUCCACAGGUGUGUUCAGCCCGCGUGACCAUAUCAGGAACACGGAAGUCGCGCACCUGUAAGCUGACGUCAUGCGCCGUAAGUACCUGCAGCAACUCGUCCAGCUGAACUCAAGUCAGUAACUGAAUCCAGCUCCAGGAGAGAAGACAAAGAAGCCACGUCGGAACAUUCUCAAAGGAAUAUCUAUCCAAGGAUUGUUCUCUACUUUCAUAACGAGGACUACCAGGACUUCCGGACCGAUGGGGGCCGCCCGGGUCGCGGUUUGGGGCAUUUUAAUCGUCGCUUUUCAGGCCACAACUUUCGUGACUACUGAGAAGCCAACAUGUGUCCCUGGAUUCAAGUCGGAUUUGUUGAUUUUCAAGGUGUUCAAGAAGCACCUGAGGCCGGGCAUGAGACUGGGAAACGUGGGCUUCUCUGACUGCACAGACCGCACACGAUUUCUCUUCAGCAGCGAUAACAGCCACUUCACAGUACAGGCAGAUGGUGUACUGAAGGUAAAAAGACCAACUGUGAUUCAUGGGCAGCGUGAUUUUGUUAUCCACUACUGGGACUCACAAAGGCGCUCAAUGAGUGUUCCUGUCCAAGUAGUACACCAUAGGAACCACCACCACGAUUCUAAGAAUCACCAUGGAGAACACCAUCACCAUGGAGAACACCAUCACCAUGGAGAACACCAUCACCAUGGAGAACACCAUCCCCACGGACAUCCCCACGGACAUCCCCACAACCAUUCCCACAACGAUCCCCACGGACAUUCCCACAACCAUUCCCACAACCAUUCCCACAACCAUUCCCACAACCAUUCCCACAACCAUCCCCACAACCAUCCCCACAACCAUCAGCACCACCAACACAACCACACUGAAGUGGAAUCUGCUAAUAACACAGAGAAUGCGACUGAUGGACAGGUGCCCAUUCUGCAUUUCCCCAAGACUGUUGAUGGGCUGAGGAGGAGGAAGAGGGACUGGGUUAUUCCUGACUUAAAAGUGUCUGAGAAUGACAGAGGACCCUACCCUCUAAAAGUAUCUCAAAUCCGUUCGAAUGAGGAUAAAAUAAAGAAGAUCUAUUACAAGAUCACUGGUCCAGGAGCCAGUGAGGACCCUGUUGGCCUGUUCACCAUGGACAGAGACACUGGUAAUCUGUACCUCAUACAACCACUGGACAGGGAAGCAAAGGCCAUGUACAUGUUUCAAGCGCAUGCUACGUCGGAUGGUGGAGGAAUAUCAGAAGACCCUAUGGACAUUGUAGUGAACGUAAUUGACCAGAAUGACAACAGACCAAUAUUCGAUCAAGACACCUUCCUGGGAGAAGUUGCUGAGGCCUCACCAAAAGGUUUCGAGGUGAUUAAGGUCGUGGCCACAGAUCUCGACGAGCCAAAUAAUGACAACUCCGACAUCCGAUACAGUAUUUUGAGCCAGGAUCCAGCUCUUCCCUCCGACAAGCUGUUUGACAUCAACCCCGUCACUGGAGCCAUCAGGGUGGAGGCCGGCGGGCUGGACAGAGAGAAAUACCCAAAGUACACUCUGGUGGUCCAAGCAGCUGACAUGGUGGGACGCGGGUCGACUGUGGAAGCCAAAGUAAUCCUCACCGUCACCGAUAGCAACGACAAUGCUCCGGCCUUCACGCAGUCUUCCUACGAGGCGUCGGUUGACGAAAAUAAAGUGGACGCUCACAUCCUCAUGAUGACGGUCACGGAUGGCGACGAGCCGCUUUCCCCAGCUUGGAACGCCAUUUUCACGAUUGUCAGCGGUGACCCCGGAGGGCAUUUCUCUGUGAGGACUGGAACCAACAAACAUGAAGGAAUCCUGUCUACCGUCAAGGGUCUUGACUUUGAGAGGAGCACCAUGCACACUCUGCUGGUGGCCGUGAAGAACGAGGUUCCCUUUGCCACGCCCCUGGCCACUAGCACCGCCACCGUGGUGGUGCGCGUGCUGGACGUCAACGAGGCUCCGAUCUUUGAUCCGAUGGAGAAGGUGGUGUCAAAACGGGAGGACCUGGCCUUGGACAGUGAAGUGGUGCAGUACACCGCCUUCGACCCAGACACCGCACGCAAACAGAAAGUCAUGUAUCGAGUAAUGCGAGACCCUGCCGGGUGGCUGAAUGUGGCCAAAGACACAGGCCUGAUUACAGUAAAGAACGAAAUGGACAGAGAGUCCGUCUUUGUCAAGGACAACAAAUACACGGCACUCAUUGGUGCCUAUGACAACGAUGAUGUCCCAGCCACAGGAACCGGCACUCUAAUAAUCCAGCUCGAAGAUGUCAAUGACAAUGCGCCCACCAUUGAGGAACGCACAAUCAAGGUGUGUCACAAGGAGUCGGUUCCUCAGCUGCUGUCGGUAACGGAUAAAGAUGGACCGGGCUUCACUGCUCCAUACAGUGUCUCAUUACAGGGCAUGUCGAAGACCAACUGGACCGCUAGGAUGAACGGUUCCAAAACGGGCAUCCUCCUGAAUUUAGGCGUGGAGCUGGAGAGUGGAGAGUACUUGGUGGUCCUGAGGGUGGCAGACAACCAGGGCUUGGAGCAGGACAGCACCGUCCAGGCCACAGUCUGCGACUGCACCGGGGAAGAAGUGAUCUGCAAAGGCCGGGUGGCAGGUGGCACCGGGCUCCCUGUAAUCCUGGGAAUACUGGGAGGCAUCCUGUUGCUGCUCAUGCUGGUGUUGCUGCUGCUGAUUUUCGCGAGGCGGAGGAGAGGAGAGCAGAAGGUACCUCUACUGCAAGACGAUGACAUCAGAGACAACAUCUACUACUACGACGAAGAGGGCGGCGGGGAGGACGACCAGGACUAUGAUCUGGGGGUUCUCCACCGCGGUCUGGACAACCGGCCCGAAGUGUUCAGAAACGACGUGGUGCCGAACUUCAUGCCGGCCCCUCAGUACCGGCCUCGCCCCGCCAACCCGGAGGAAAUCGGCAACUUCAUCGACGAUAACCUGAAGGCGGCCGACAACGACCCGACGGCUCCCCCCUACGACUCCCUGCUGGUGUUCGACUACGAGGGCGGCGGCUCCGACGGCGGGAGCCUCUCCUCUCUGAACUCGUCGAGCAGCGGAGACCAAGACUACAACUGCCUCAACGACUGGGGACCCCGCUUCAAGAAGCUGGCCGACAUGUACGGAGGCGGAGAGGACGACGACAUGCUGUAAAUGUACCAAAAAGAACGUGAUGUGGCCGGGUGGCUGCACACAUGGCUGUGUGAAUGUUAAGAUUGAUGUGAGCUGAUGGAUGACUGCAUCCCAGGGAUAUAUAUAGAUAGAUAUAUAUAUAUUUUACUGCAGCCAGACAUCAGUAGGCCAACAGAUGAUGUUUUCUGUGUGAGGGUUGAGGUGUGUUGUCGGUUCUGUCCUGUCAGCAGAUAACAGCCACUAGUCAGAAGCCAAAGGAUGAGUUUGUUUUUUAUACAUGAGUUGUGCCUGUUUUUAGAUCCCUGUUUUGCGCUAGGCUAAAGACUAACUGCGCUUCUUGUACAUUUCCUGUUCUUUGAGAAAGUGGCGCCUUAAUGGAUUUUGUGCAGAUUUUUCCACCUGUGCUGUAGCCUGCUGGACACACACAGAUGCUUGCAGUUGCACUGGUAAUGUUUGUGUAUUAUUUUGGCAAAGUAUGGUACUUAACGUUUUUUUUUCUUCAGUUUUUACUUUUCUUUUUUUUUUUUUUAAUGGAGAUUGUACUACUGCUUCAGUUGGAUUUAAAUUUUUUGAGUAAUGAAAUUUCAGGGCAAAUGGGGUAGAACGCCUCCAUCACCCUCUAAAGGACGGGUUCAAUGAGACUAACUGAUGCUUGAUUAGUGUCUGUUCAGUUGCCAUUUUUUAUUACAUUGUAAUGUCGAAACACUUUUUGCCAUUACCUCCAGUGGUACUUUAUCGCAAAUGCUUUGUUCAUUUAGAAUUUUUUUAUAAAGUUAUCUUAAUACAAUAA